GAACAAUAAAUGUAUGACAGAGAAGCCCUAUUUAUGCAAGCCCCUGUUUUGUGCCUAAUCUACAGUCGGCUGCCAAAAUUCUCUCUCUCGCGCUCUCGCUCUCGCUAUAAAAUUAUACAGAGCAGUCGAAGGUUUGUUGGUUAUUAAUAGUAUUCUUGAUUCAUUCACAGCAGAAAGUAGUAAUCGACGCGAGCAAGAGAGUGUUAAGGAGAGAGGACUGAGAUCCAGGGGCAGAGGAGGGUGGUGUCGGUUGUUUACAGUAGCGGCCAGAAAGAAAGAGGUAGGCAUGGGAACAUCGACGAGAGGGUUGGUGGUGUAUCUGCUCUCUGCUUUCUCUCUGGCUGUUUUCUCUGCUGCUCUGUUCAUCAACCACUCCUCUUACGGUCAUCAUCAUCAUCAUCAACCCAAUCCAAAUGCUCUAUCUUCAAUUUCAUUCUCCCACACCGAUAGAGUUUGGCCUGAAUUGGAGUUGAGUUGGAGGAUAGCAGUGGGGACGGUGAUAGGGUUUCUGGGAUCGGCAUUUGGGACGGUGGGCGGCGUUGGAGGAGGCGGCAUCUUCGUUCCCAUGCUCACUUUGCUUCUUGGCUUUGACACCAAAUCCGCCGCCGCCCUCUCUAAAUGUAUGAUAAUGGGAGCAUCAGCAUCAUCAGUGUGGUACAAUAUGAGAGUGGCUCACCCAACGAAGGAAGUGCCUAUCAUAGACUACGAUCUGGCUCUGCUCUUCCAGCCCAUGCUCAUGCUGGGGAUCACCGUCGGUGUCACCCUCAGUGUCAUCUUCCCUUACUGGCUCAUCACUGUUCUCAUCAUUAUUCUCUUUAUAGGGACUUCAUCUAGAUCUUUCUUCAAGGGAAUCGGAAUGUGGAAAGAAGAAACUAUUUUAAAGAAAGAAAUGGCCAAACAGCGAGAAACUCUGGUGAACUCCCGUGGUGAACUUCUGAUAGAUUCAGAGUAUGAGCCGCUGGCUCCAAAAGAGGAGAAAUCUGGAUUGCAAAUACUAUGUUCCAACUUUAGGUUGGGAAGGAUUUUGGUGCUCCUCCUCGUUUGGGCUUUCUUCCUCCUCCUCCAGAUCCUCAAGAAUAAUACGAAGGCAUGUAGCGGAUGGUACUGGGUGAUGUUCUUGUUGCAGUUCCCAAUAGCGAUGGGGGUGUUUGGGUACGAGGCGGUGAAGCUGUACAGAGAAAGCAAGAAGAGGAGAACGGAAGGGAACAGGGAGUGCGUGUGCGAGGCGUCCAUCAACUGGACCGCCGUCGACCUUGCUUUCUGCUCCCUCUGCGGCAUCUUGGGCGGCACCGUCGGCGGCCUUCUCGGCUCCGGCGGCGGUUUCGUCCUCGGCCCCCUCCUCCUCGAAAUUGGAGUCAUCCCCCAGGUGGCAAGCGCAACAGCUACAUUUGUGAUGAUGUACUCUUCAUCCUUAUCCGUGGUGGAGUUCUACCUUCUCAAGAGGUUCCCCAUCCCCUACGCACUGUAUCUGAUAGGGGUGUCAGUAUUGGCUGGCUUCUGGGGACAGUUCUUCGUAAGAAAGCUGGUUGCCAUUUUAAAGAGAGCAUCGCUCAUCAUCUUCAUCCUCUCUGCUGUCAUCUUUGCCAGCGCCCUCACCAUGGGUACUGUACUUUCAAAAAAAAUCAACACUAUUGAAUUUAAAUUUGUUCUUCUUUUUCUUGAUAAAACCCUUUUUUCCUUUGGAAAAAAAAAAAUCUUAAUAAUCCACAGGAGUGGUUGGCACUAAGAAGAGCGUGGAGAUGAUUCACAACCACGAAUUCAUGGGGUUUUUAGGAUUCUGUGACAGUCAGUGAGCAGCAGAGAUGGGCCAAAAGGGUAUUUGAGUAUUGAGCCAGGAACUGCAGAAGAAGUUAGAUGUUUAAUCAGUAGCAGCAGAGAUUUAAUUAUUGCCUACGAAGGGAGAAUAUGAUGGUGAGGUCAAUACCUAAUUGACCAGCUCAUCCACUUGUGCUGUUUCAAUAAAUAAUGCUUGUGUGUUUUUCUUUUUGCAAGGGACGUAUAGGUUUGGGUGUGUUUUGUGUUAGCUUCUGGCUAACCCCUCCCCCUUCCAUUGAUCUUGCUCUUGCUCUUGCUUUUGUUGUUCUUGCCUUCUAAGUUGUAAUAGGAUUUUGCAUGGUCAUAAUUGAGAAUUAAGAAUUUGUACUUCCUAGUUUUUUAUUUUUAAUGAAUUGCAGUGAACUAGAAACUUUUGAAGAU